GGAGGGAGGAAAACCAAACGGGGAGGGGACGCAUCUGGAAGGGGGCAGAACUGAGACGCUGCAAGCCUCCCGGUCUUCGCGGAGGAAAAGGCGAGCGAGUUGCUCGGCAAAAGCCCAGCUUCAGACGAUGCCCGGGCGCCUAAACGCGCGUCUGCAGUCGGUUGUUGGCGAGUCCUCGUGGUUUUCUUUAAACUAUGAAUGAUUCCAGCCGGACGGGUCCGCGUGGAAGAAGAGUUUAGCCUGUGGGGCUAACCGAAGCGAGGAACUGGUGUAUCGCUGGUGGGAGUGGGGUGGGGUGGGGUUCUGCUUUCGACUCCGAGGCGAGUCCAACUUCUGCUUAAGAAUUCCGCCUGGGGAGAAGUCGAGGGGCAGCUUGUCUUCAAGGAGGUCACCCACUUUCCGGUCAUGGCAACGAUUGUCUCCGAAAAACUCAGCCGCCUCUUCAUCAACCUCCAGCACUUGUGCAAAAUCCCUCAACUCCUCUCCAAGUCCUUGCCUGCUCCCUCCUGCACGGUGGCAGCCUCGGAGGUGCCCCAGCUUUUCCGGAAGCCCUACAUCCACGCCGGCUACCGGCCCCUCCACCGGAACUGGGCCUUCUACUUCCUGUCCCUCUUCCAGCAGCACAACGAAGCGCUCAACGUCUGGACGCAUCUGCUGGCGGCUUUCAUGUUGCUGGGGCGCUUCUGGCAACUCUCCCAGAUCGUGGAUUUUGUGGGCGACCCGCACGCCCAGCCCUUCUGCAUCGUGGCUGUGUCUUCCAUCAUCUACUCCACCUGCAGCACCUUGGCUCAUCUCUUGCAAGCCAAAUCUGAGUUCUGCCACUACACCUUCUUCUUCUUGGACUAUGUAGGGGUGGCCACCUACCAGUACGGUAGCGCUUUGGUGCAUUAUUACUACGCCAUUGAGCCAGAGUGGCACGCCUGGAUCUCCAGUUUCUACAUUCCGGGUGCGGUGGGAUUGGCUUGGUUGUCCUGUGCUGGCUCCUGCUAUGCCAAAUACCGAUGCCCACAUCUGUCCCGUCUGCAGGGCCGGCUCUGCCAGGAAAUGCCCUCUGCGGUAGCCUAUGCUUUAGACAUCAGCCCUGUGCUCCAUCGUAUCUACACCUCGACCAUCUCCGGACAAAGCGACUUGGCUGCUACCUACCAUAAGUGCCACGUUUUGUGCUUCCUGGUUGCAGCCUUUUUUUUCGCCUACCCCUACCCCGAGAAGUGGUUUCCCGGGAAGUGUCACUUUGUGGGACAAGGCCACCAGCUCUUCCACAUGUUCCUCAUUUUUUGUACCUUCAUCCAGUUAGAGGCGGUGCUUCUCGAUUACCGGACUAGGCGGCACAUUUAUGCUGACCUGCAUGGCGACCUCGCUCCCUUUUUUUCCAUCAUGUGCCUUGUGCUGAUGGCUUCCUGUGGCCUCACAGCCCUCUACAUGACGGUCAAAGUCAAACACAAAAUCCGGCCGAAGCGGGACUGAGUUCAGGGGACGCCGGCUGCUGGAGAUUUACCGCCAGCUGCUUCUUUCGGUGCACUUGCUCUGGGAAUGUCUGUCCUGCUGUCGUUUAGGAAACUGAUUAGGAUAGGUAGCUAUUGCUGGGGUCUUCCCCUCCUCUUGCACUGGAGUUCUUGCUUGCGGGUUGCUCUGUCCAGGCAACUGAGAUGAGAAGUGGGAGGUUGCAUCAGAAAGGAAGUGUCCAAACUCUUUGGUGGAAAGGAAUUCGUCUUUUGUUUCCUGCUGUCUCCGAUUGAAGGGAGAAGACGUCGUUGCUAUGCCUCUCAGAAGCUACAGCCAUCUUUCUUCCACCCUUCUGAAUCCGAGCUGGCAGCCUUCAGGCUCUUAGGAAUCCACUUGAUUAUUAUCAGUUUCCCAGAUCCACCAAUGGGACCCUGGGCCAGAGGGAUCGGUUUAAGAUCCUGAGGCCGGGAACUGGUUCUAAAUUCCAGAACUAGAUGGAGCACCCCCAACGCAUUCAUCUUGGGGUUCUCCAAACUUCCUUCAUUUCAGCAGUGCUUGAGAGGGAAUGGGUGGAAAUGGUUCCUUUCACUGCUGCCAUUUAAACACAGGUGUCCGCCUUAUCG